AUGAUUUCCAAACCCACUCUUCGCACCCUUAUCACCCUAAUCCUCCCCGUGCCAUCCUGCCCCCUGGCACUGUGCCCCCUGCCACCCCUGCCCCCUGCCACCUCGCCCCCUGCCACUCUGCCCCCUACCAUCUCACCCCCUGCCACCCUGCCCCCUGCCCCCUGCCACCUCGCCCCCUGCCCUCCUCGUGCGUCAGGCCGGCGCCCUAACACAUCGUCCGAAAUGAGCCUGUACAUCUCGAAGGACUGCGCUCGCAUUGUCUUGUUUUCGCGAGGCACGGGAGGGGGGGGGGCACACAUGCGCUCAUAUGUUCUCUUAUAUUCGCACGCUCAGGGGGCGAACAUGUGCACACGGACGGAGACUUACAAGCCACAUCAUUCAGAUUUGGCUGUUGGCUUCCGCAUUAGGAGAGUUAGAGUUCAGCAGAAUGCUUGA